AACAAUAAAGAAAAAAAAAAAACCAACUCUCCCUACCAUUAGUUCAAAACAAUUUCACUGGUUGAGGCGUUUGAGGUGGUAGGAUAUGUCUGAGACCCAAAGAUGGCCCAUGUGUGCUGAGCAGCCAGGGGAGGCACCAAGUGGGGUAAGGUCUCAGGCUGGAGGCCUUCAGGGAUCCUGCAUACAGCAGGAGCUUAAAAGAUGUGGCAUGUGGUUAAGAGCAAGUGAUGGGGUGAGGAACGUGCUUGUCAGGAAGGAGUCUGACUUUACGGAUGUCCCCUUGCUCCUUGUGGACUUGGGUGGUCUGAACUAUAUAACUAUAAACCAGGUCAGUUCUAGAAGCUGAGGCCCCAUUCCCUGCCCCAGUACCUUUGCCUCCCUCCUGAGAGAGGGGGCUCUUUCUUCCCUUUCAGAGUCCAAGGUGUGGGUUGUAUCCUCCCCACAGGGCCCCUACCCAUCCUCUCACUCCGUGAGAGGAGCACCAGAAAAGGAGCGAGAAGGCUGAGUGAGGGGUGAUGCUGCUGCUGUUGGGGGCCAGGACUCGUGCACAGCGAGGAUCAAGGAGUCAAGUGGGCAGAGGCCGGGGUCACCGCCUCUCUACACUGGACUACAUCCUCUUACAGAGGAGGCUUCGGUGGGAGAGGGGACAGGAUUAAAUAGAGAGGUUGGUGAAAGUCUGCAGAGAAGUGGGCCUUUGACAAAGAUUUGAAGGAGGUGAGGGGGGAGUCAUGUAGAUGAUAUCUGAGCAAUUCCAGAGGAAAUAGCCAGUGCUAAGAUCCUGAUGUGGGAAUAUGCCUGAUCUGCUCAAAAUAUACCAAGGAGGUCUGUGUGGUUAGAGUGGUGCAAGUGAGAGAAACAGGGGUAGGAGGUGAGGUAAAAGAGGGUUCUGGGGGGAGGGGCACUGAACCAUACAGGACCUUAUAGCCCAUGGUAAGGACUUUGGCUUUUACUGAAUGAGCAGAAGGCCAUGGGAGGGUUGUGAGCAGGGGAGAGAUGUGAACUGUCAUAGGAUUUAACAGGAUCCCUUUGAUUGCUGAAUGUAGAAUGGACUGUAGGAGUGAGGGUGGAAGCAGAGGCAUCAGUGAGAGGAAGGCUACUGCAGUAAUCCAUGUGACUGAUGAUGGCGCUGGCAGUGGAGGGAGUGGGAGAGGGCAUAUUUGGGAAAUAUAGCAGAUGGAGAGCUGACAGGAUUUGUUGAAGGGUGGCAGUCUUAGACCAGACCAGGACACAGACGAAGGAGUUCCUGGACUACUUAACAUCUUGAAAUUUUAGGUGAGAAAAAAAAAAAAAAAGUUCUAUCUUGUAUAAGCCCGUAUUAUUUUGUGUGGGUUUCCCUGUUAUUUGCAACUAAACAUAUUAGUUCCUGGCCCACGACCCUAUCCUGGACACAGACCUGAGGAGGGGAGCCCGCCGGGAGAACUGCCUUUCUCCUAGGGAUGUUGUGAGUCAGAACCUUCCAUACAGUGGGUGUUCAGAAAAAUCCUCCCAGGAUGGAGGGAGAAUGUAUGAAUGGUCAUGUUCAAUGGACAUAAGCUACAAUUCCGUUCCCACAGGAGGCAGGGUUUCAAAAUAAGAGUGGAAGGGGAGUGAGAGGAGUUCAUUAGAUGACAAGAAGGAGCGUUACUCUUGAAGGGAACAGGAGUAGAGACCCGAGACAGAAAGAAGGGAGGUGAGGCCACUGUGGGGUGUGGAGUCAGGCAAGAAAGACUGGACUCUGAUUUGUGAUUACAUUAGUCAAUGUCUGCCAACAUGCCCAACCAACUCCUGAAUGCACACAGUCAUCAGUGUUUCUGAGCUGGAGUUAGAAAAAGCUAAUCUUCCUCACAAAGCUCUGACUUUCAUUUGGCCAUUCACUCAAGAAUGAUGCCAAGUCUGGAGAAUACUGAAGAUGAUAAUCAGGGGCAUUCUUGGCUAGUGAGUGGUACCGCUCAAGGCUCGGAGCUGAGUCGGGCAGGCCCCUAACUGCGACAGGAGAGGUCCGUUUUGCCUUCUUAGGUUUCACAAGAGGAUGCAAUCUAGGUCUUCAGGGGCUCUGGGCAUUCACACUCCUGGGGUAACGGAGUCACAGAGGAUUAAGGAGAACGUAAAUUCAUCCGUCAGAGGUGUACUCUUCCUAAAGGCUGCCUACAUUCUACAGAUCAGUGGCCUGAUCACCCUACAGCUCAGGCGGCCUACGCACUGUCCUCUUCUCUGGCCUCCUUAUUGGCUGUUCAUCUCCUUCACAACACCUAAAACAUCCCAGUUGGUUCUGCUCUUUGCAGUCCCGCCUCCGGGUCCUUCUACACUUCCUGGCUUCGGCACUGGUUCAUCCAGUUCUAGCACUGCCCUUUGCGGUCUCAACUGCUUUCACUCUGGCUCCCCCAUUGGCUACCCGGCAGCUCUUCCUUGCUACUUCAUCGCUCACCCCAUUGGCUCUUCCUCUCCCCUCCCCGCUGAAGCUGCUGACACCACUUCCUGUUCAUCUUUUUUAGCCUCCUUAUUGGCUACGUCUGCCCUGGCACCGCCCCUUAAAGGCAUAAUGCACACUUACAAGACUCUCCAUUGGCUCACUGAAGCUAUUAGCGUCAUCCUUCCUUACAUCACGGGCGCGCGGCUCCCCAUUGGCUCCUUGCUGUCUCUCUUCCGUCCCACUACCUACGCAACCUACGGAUCUCCUACUUUUCUGGCCUUUCUGUUCGCUCCCUGCUGCUCCCAUCUUCUGUAGCCAUUCCAUUUUCCCCGCCACCCCCGCUCACACUUCCCCAUUAGCUAUCCUACGUCUGCUCUCUUCAUCCCGGGCCCGCACCCCCGACGCAUCCAGGCCUCUCCAUUGAUUCCUCGAUCAUCCCGCCUCCUACACCGCCCACUCUCGGGCAUCCCCAUUGGUUGUGUGCUUCCCCUGCACGCGCUUCAUCACCUACGUCACGCAUGCGCGGAUCCCCAUUGGUUCUCUGCUAUACCUGUCUUCGUCUCACCGCCUACGUCCCCCGUGAGUCGUAACCCGCCCCCGCGCUGGCCUUCCCAUUGGCUGCCCGCCGCUUCAGGCCCUGCCCCCGCCGGUCCCGCCGCCGGUGCCGUCGGUGCCGCCGCCGCCGCCGCCAAUAUGGCGCGCACGGCCCCUGUGGAGCCCCCGCUGCGGCAUCCCGCGCCCCCCUCGCUGGCCUCGGGCGAGCCCCGCACCUCAGUAGAGGCAGCGGUGGCCCCGCGGAGGGUGCUGUUCGCCGACGAGGCCCUGGGGCUGCCGCUGGCGCAACUGCGCCGCUACCGGCCGUGGGGCGGGCCCGGGGCGGGCAAGAUGGCGGCGGCGGCCGGGCAAGAUGGUGACGGCGGCGGGGCUGAGGACGACGAUGGCGAGGAUGGGGAUGAAGGGGAGGAGGAAGAGGAGGCUUGCCCCGAGCCCUCGCCGUUGUGCCCCGUUCCCGCUGGCGGGGGGUUUUACCUGGUGCCCACAUUUUCGCUGCCGCCCGCGCCGGGCCGUCUGGAGCGCUUGGGGCGCGUCAUGGUGGAGCUGGAGGCGCUGCUGCCGCCUCCCGGAGCGGUCCCCGGGGGUGCCGGGGUGUGGGUGCCUGGGGGGCGCCCGCCAGUGCUGCGAGGGUUGGUCCGCGUGCUGAACCGCUCUUUCGAGAAGGUGGUGCACGUGCGGGCCUCACACGACGGCUGGGCUUCCUUCUGCGACCACCCAGCACGCUACGUCCCGCGCAGCCCGCCGGGGGCAGGAGUGGGAGGACCAGGAGCAGGAGAUCCCAUCUUGGAUCUGGGCCUUGGCCUGGGCCCUGGCCAGGUGUCCGCCUCCUCGCCCGACGACGGUGGCCGCACCGACCGCUUUGCCUUCCAGCUGCCCUUUGCUGAGGGCGCGGGCGAUGGGGCGCGCCUGGACUUCGUGGUGCGCUAUGAGACCCCCGAGGGCACUUUCUGGGCCAACAACCACGGCCGCAACUACACAGUUCUGCUCCGGAUUGCACCCGCUCCCAUACCCACUGAUGCUGAAGGGCUGCUCCAGCAGCAGCAGCUGGAGCCACAGCCCGAGUGCCAGGGCCCCGUGGAGGCUGAGGCCAGGCAGCUGAAGAGCUGCAUGAAGCCGAUGAGGCGCAGGCCUAACGAAGAGCUGAAGAUGAAGAGUGCGGACGAUAAUACCCCUGCUGUGGCAGAGCGUCCUGAUGUCCAGGAGACAGUGGGUCCCUUGGUGGCCCCUACACCUCUCCGUCCGUGGCCCCAGAUGACACUUCAGGUUUCUGAAGUUACAGUGACUGGCAGACCCCCAGAGGAAGGUGAUGUCACCAGAAGCAGCCCGCCUGUGACUUUCACAGAGGUUCCCCAGGCACCGGCCAUCAGGAUUCCCCUCUCUUCUUCUCUCUGUGGCCUGGGUCGCUCUCCCCGGGACCAGGCCUCGGGGCCUGAUGCAAGUGAGGGGGCAGCUGGGCCUCUCCUGGAACCGAGCCAGCGACAGAUGGAGGCCACGUGGGAAGUAUCCAGCGAGAAUGGAAGGGGCCGAAAGGAGCCCAUAGUGGGAGCUAUCAUGGACAAGCCUCCUGGGGGGCUGGAGGUCGUGAGUGGGUUGGAGGAGCUGCUUGGAGAGGACACCAUCGACCAGGAGCUGGAGCAGCUCUACCUGUCCCACCUGAGCCGCCUGCGGGCUGCCGUGGCUGCUGGUGGGGCAGGAGGUGGUGGGGAGGGUUCCAUAGAUGGAGGGGUGUCCCCCAGCCAUCCCCUGGGCAUACUCACAGACCGCGACCUGAUCUUGAAAUGGCCUGGCCCUGAGCGGGCCCUGAACAGCGCCCUGGCUGAGGAGAUCACGCUGCACUAUGCCCGGCUGGGGCGCGGUGUGGAGCUCAUCAAGGACACCGAGGACCCUGAUGAGGAGGGGGAGGGGGAAGAGGGGCUCUCCAUCAUACCCUCCAGCCCAGAAGGGGACACCCCUAAGGAAUCACCUCCAGAAAUCCUCUCGGGAGCCCCUUCUGUGGUAGCCACUAUGGGAGAUGUGUGGCUCCCAUGGGCAGAGGGUUCUGGAUGUAACAGCCCUGUGGCUCUGGGUAUAGAGGGUCAGUUCAGUGGGGCUCCAGAGAAGGGGACGAGCAAGGACUCUGACUCUUUGCAUGUGAGUAGGAUGAUAUCUGGGGUGACUGGGUCCUCAGGGGCCACAGAAGCCCAGAUGGAGUUUACCACUGAGUUGGCAGACAGGUUGAUUUCUAUAUCUGGCCAGGAGCCAACCACUCUGGUCUCGCAGGGGCAAGAUCUCUCCCUCCUUGGUCCCUUAGGGACUGAAGUCUGUCCAUCCAGCCUGGCCAGGCCCCAAGUAAGCCCCCAGGAUGAAGGGGGUUCAGGCCCAAGCCUUGAGCCCCCAAAGAGGUCUCCUACCCUAGCAGACCCUGCAGAGAGCGUGUAUGUAUUGCCUCCUCAGCUCUGGGGACCCUGA